CACCAAUUUGGGAAGCCCCUAACCCUUCUUCUCCUCUCCCAAGGACCGCCCACACCCCGACAGGACAGAGCAUUUGGUAGGAUAUGAAUCACGGUGACUCAAUAACUCAACAGACAACACCAAAUACUGUUUUGCAUAAACGAUCUGUCCACUUUGGACAUUAUCCCCGCAUUGCCUCUGUCCCUAGCCCUUAUUUUACUUGAAGAAGGUAGGAGUGGAAGUUGGGAGAGGGAUAUUGUUGGAAUUUCAUUCUCCCUUGAAGAGUUAGUUAAGUAGUUCCAUUAUUUCCCUCCAAUUCUGUAUAUUUCAUUUGAGUUGCACCACCGGGACUUGAGAGCUUCAGAGUCUCGGCUAUGGCCUUCUCUGCAGUGCUAAAAACUUUCUUGAUUCUUUUCUCUCUCCACGGGAGCGCAACAUCAUCAGCUUUUGAAUACCAUCGGAAUCUCAUCGCCGGCCACAAGGAAUCCUACCCCCCGAUUCAUAUCUCCGUUGGGAACAGUUAUGCUCCAGCUCCUUCUCCUUCAACUUCUCCUUCUCCUUCUUCUUCAACUUCUCCUUCUCCUUCACCUUCACCUUCUCCUUCUGCUUCUUUCUCCCCGCCCCCUAACUCUUCUCUAGUUCCGGCGUUGUUCGUCAUCGGAGACUCGUCUGUUGAUUGUGGGACUAACAAUGUCCUCAGCACGUUUGCUCGGGCCGAUCGUCUUCCUUAUGGACGAGACUUUGAUACUCACCAGCCCACUGGCCGUUUCUGCAAUGGAAGAAUCCCUGUGGACUAUCUCGCAUUGCGUCUAGGGUUGCCAUUUGUUCCGAGUUACCUUGGGCAAACCAGUUCUGUUGAGGAUAUGAUUCAAGGAGUGAAUUAUGCCUCUGCAGGAUCAGGAAUCAUUUUCUCCAGUGGCUCUGAAUUGGGUCAGCAUAUCUCGCUCGCACAGCAGAUUCAGCAGGUGAGCGACACGUUUCAGCAGAUGAUGCUAAGCAUGGGUGAGAAAGCGGCAUCCCAUCUCAUAUCAACAUCUCUAUUCUACAUUUCUAUUGGAAGCAAUGACUACAUACAUUACUAUCUACUCAACAUGUCUGAUGUUCAGUCCCUUUACCUUCCUUGGACUUUCAACCAGUUCUUAGCAGAGUCUAUGAAGCAGGAGAUUAAGAACCUGUAUAAUGCUAAUGUGAGGAGAGUGGUUGUAAUGGGAUUGGCGCCUAUGGGUUGUGCUCCUUAUUACCUGUGGCUGUACGACAACACAAAUGGGAAGUGCGUCGAAAUGAUAAACGAUAUGAUUCUUGAAUUCAACUUUGAGAUGAGAAAAAAGACUGAAGAACUCAACCUGGAGCUCGCUGAUGCAAGAAUCAUCUUCUGCGAUGCAUUUGAAGCCUCGAUGGACAUUAUAAAGCACCGUCGCCGAUAUGGCUUCAAUGUUACAGAAGAAGCCUGCUGUGGUGUAGGGAAGUUUAGAGGGUGGCUGUUUUGUAUGUCUCCUGAAAUGGCUUGCAGCAAUGCCUCUGAUCACAUAUGGUGGGAUCAGUUUCACCCCACAGAUGCAGUUAACGCCAUCAUCGCUGAUAAUGUCUGGUCUAGCUUGCAUACUAAUAUGUGCUACCCCAUGAACUUGCAGGAUAUGAUAGCUCACACCACUUCAUAGAUGGUUAAAUUCUACAAUUUUGAAUUUUUUACUUACUCAAAUCAUGUAGAACCAGUACCCUUUUU